GGAUUAUCGGCCGUGGUCCGGAAAGUCGGCCAGGGCACUGGGCACUAAGUGAAGCGCCGACGAAGACCCGACUGGCAUCGGCUGAGGUGUUCAACCUUUGCCGCCUUACAUUUGCGAAUCCAGGGUGCGGCGAGGUGAUAUAACCGCAAAACUCCGCUCUCCUCGUCGCGACAUCUGGCUGACGAAGAUUUCAGGGGGGUCAACACAUUUCACAACAAAAUGUCGGGACCUACUCCCGCGGCUCCCGCGGCACCAGCUCCCGCUGCUCAAGCGGGUGCCAACCGGGGCCAUACGCCUCCCACGGGGCCUCAGGUGGUGAAGAAGGUGGAGACCAAGGUCAAGACCUCGUUCGAGGAUGUGGAGGGGUUGCUGAAUAACCUUCUCAUGCUCACCACCUUCACGCUCGGUUUCUCCAUCUCAUUCUUGGCAGCCUUCGAGUACGGCGCCCUCGCGGAGAUCGACGUGAGGUACUACAAGCUCCAGGUGGAACUCCCGGGGGAGGUGGCGAAGGCGUUCCCAUCCGCGCCGAAGGGAAAGCACAACAUAUUUUCGCCUUCGGGCACCAUCCUCGAGCGUGGCAUGUGGGCAACCACCAUCAUGUCCCUGUCGCUCACCAUCGCUCUCGGCUCGUACGUCUCCAUGUGCGCUUCGGACGCAAGGGAGGAUGAAAAGUUCUUCAAGAAGUGGUACUCCUACUUCAAGUGGAUCAUCAUCUUCGGUUACUUCCUGUACUUUGUGGGUUACAUCUUGUUCUAUUUCAUGUUGUCAGCCGCCGCCAUCGGUCUGUUUCCCAGGUACUGCGACAGCAAGAAGGGCGGCUCGGGAUCCGUCUGGCUCACGGAGAAAAGCUUUACCAAAACCGCAGCUGGCGAGUACGAAAUCGUCGAGGGAUGCCUGACCGAGGGGAUCCGCUAUCCCGUGGAUGCGAUGACGCUGCUGCUCAACAUCAUGAUGCCGACAAUCUUCAUCGCUAUCUUCUUGAUAUCCCUGUGGAUGCACCGCAAGGUUAAAACGAUCCGGGUGGGAGGUUGGACACCUUCGGCGCCGAUGCACGGCCGCUGGAAAUGAUGAGGUUUGGGUGCGGGACGGGUGUCGACGCGAGUGUACAUAACCUAGUUUCAACUCGCCUAGUAGUGUCUAUCGCCGGUGUACAUAAAUGCAUGUCACGGCUUGUAUCAUCUCAGAUCAGCCAAGAGCGCCUU